AUGGAUGUUAAAGCAUGGUUGGCCUGUAUGCUGCUUGUGGAGCAAUGGAGCCAGGGGUUCCACUACAUUGGAGCAAUUUUUGUUUCUCAAAAAGGAGGCUUUUCCUUAAGUGGAGUUCCCCGACCAUCAAAUAACAUCAGGGCACUGGAGCAGUCCAAUCCUGACAUACAUCUUACUUGGAGUAAGCUGCCGACUCAAGCAAAGCCUUACAGCCUCUCCCUCUCUCCUGAGGACUACCACUACUCUGUGCCCAAGCCAAAGCAUUUGCGUACUUCCAAGCUGAUGAAACGUCUGGGAUCUUCCUAUGAUGCUUUCUGGAUGUCUCCUGAGGACCCCCGAGGUCGGAACCCAAGCACUGAAGAACUGAGCACACAAAACCGAGAGCUGGCUAAACAUACCGUCCGAUUUAGGAAGAAGCUCCUGCAGGAGACGAGCAGAUUAGAGCUUCCCAAGUUGCAGCCAUUGUUGCCUUUUGAGGAUGGGAUCGCUCGUAAUUUGAGCCAGUCCUUCAUCUAUCGUCUACGUCGAUGGCUAGUGAAUAGCGCAACCUGUUCUUUAACCUCUUCCUGGAAAGACAUGGGAUCUGUCUUCUGGCCACGCUGGAUACGCCAUACAUACUGUGACCUGAUGCAAGCUGGAUGCUCUUGGCCUCCAGGAAUGACUUGCCAGCCAGCCCAAACUACCCACAUCAAACUCCUAGCAUGGCACUGUUGGAUAAAUGGAACCCAGUCUCUGAAUCGUAGAAAGUCUCGUAAGGAAUGUGUUUGGAGACAAAUUCCUUAUCCUGUUGUAACUGCAUGUAAGUGUGCCUGCUCGUGAUACAGAUGAAGUGAAUUUUAGACUGCAGCAUUGGACUUUGUGAAGAUUUUGUUGUCAUUUCCCUAUUAGAUGAAAACUGGUCCUCAAGAUGACAUAAACUUGAGGUUCAAAUCUUAAGAGCAAUAAUUGUAAUGAAAAUGAGAGAAGUCCUUCAUGAACAUCUUAAAACCUGGGCUUGGAGGAAUCUUCACAGCUAUGUAAAAACAAAACAAG